CACCCAGCAAAAGUAAACAACGCAAGCGAUGGUAGGGGAAGCGUGCACGUGUUGAAUGAAAGGGUUUAAUGGCGAUAUUGUAGUCGGAGUGCACACAAUUAUUUCAGUUUAAAUCAGGAGACAAUGCCUUCAGCUUCAGCUGAGUAAAGCGUGGUACCUUUAAAUCAGAGUAUCAUCAUAUCGAGUCCGGCAGAAGUGAAAAUACGCAGGUUCCAGCUGUUUGUAGUCGGCUCAGUCAAUUGGUGUGUUUAGCUAAUCUAGCUAAAUUAGCUAAACCCUAAUGUAUUUCUAAUUUAUUCGCUCAAAAUGUCUUCAGUCCAGGGUUUGAGAGAGUUUGUCAAUGAGCGGCUAAAUGCUGCUGCUGAAGAAAUAUUGGGAGUCUUUGAAAAAACUAUCGUCGUGUUCGAGGAGGAGAUCGACCGCCAGAGGAAAUUGCUGGAUAUCGUUUUAAAACCAGGGAUUAAACUACACAAGAAAGAUAUCCCACAGCAAUAUGUCUGUAAUGAGGAGGUUCCUUUUGAGCAGCAGCUUUGUAUAAAAGAAAGAAACUCUAGUGGGGACCAAGAGAUUGCAGAGCCUGCAGAGAUUAAACAGGAACAGGAGGAAAUCCACACCAGUCAGGAGGGAGAGCAGCCGAUAUGCAAGCAGGACAGUGACAUGUUUAAGUUGAGGCCUACUUGUGUUCGAGUGGAUCAGAGUGAAGAUCAGAUUCCUCUUUCAGAUCCAUGGCCACAGACAAACACCUUUGAUGUAGUAAUAAAAUCUGAAUCUAACAGUGAGGCCUCAGAUGUAUCAGAACCAGAAGGUGACCACCACCGUUCUCACAAGUCUUACAGAGCUAAAACCCAAACUAAUGCUAGAGGAAACCACGAGAACACAAGUACUGAUCAGAAACCAGCAGACAAACAUUUCACAUGUUCAUUUUGCCCUGAGGAGUUCAAUGAUUUAUUGAAGUUAAAAAUUCAUUUAAGGACCCACACUGGUGAAAAGCUUUUUAAAUGUGACACUUGUGGGAAAGAUUUCAGCACGAAGGCUCUGAUGAAGAAACACAUGCUGACCCACACCGGGAUAAAACCCUUCAGAUGCAGAGUUUGUGGAAAGGAAUUCAACUGUCAGUCAAAUCGCAUCACUCACAUGAAAAUUCACUCAGGUGAGAAGCCCCACGUUUGUGUCACCUGUGGGAAAGGUUUCUGCCGCCAAGCCGACCUGAGGAGGCACAACCGAAUUCACACAGGGGAGAAACCUUAUUGCUGUGUCUACUGUGGGAAGGAGUUCUCUUACCCGUCAUCUCUCACAAACCACGUCCGACUGCAUACAGGGGACAAGCCUUAUAAAUGUGUUUGGUGUGGGAAAGCGUUCACUGCCAACACAACGUUGAAAAUACACACCAGAGUUCACACGGGGGAAAAGCCAUAUAAAUGCAACAUUUGUGGGAGGAAUUUUUCCCAUAAUACAGGACUGAGCAUACACAAGAAGAUCCAUGCACGGGAGAAACAACGGAGCUGAGAUUUAGAUUGUUGGGAUUCAACUCAAGUUUGUGCCAUAUUGGAAGUUUUACACAAAUGUAUAUGUCGCAUGUAGUAAGAUUUAAGAUUUGUAAGUAAAACUGAAUUUAGGGCUUAUUCAGCUAUGAAAGCCACAUGUAAAAUUACCUUCACAUAUACAACAGGGGCUGACUCAUUGAGAUACCAUCUAAAUCUAGAUCUAAAUGUACUGAAGGUCUGUUUCAUUACCAUCCAGCUUGGGAAGAAAUAUAUCUGUAUGCUCUGUACAUGGACAGACGCAUGAUUAAAAUCUAGGUGUAAGUAAUCAAAAUGACUCCAUGGCUGGUAUUGUUAAACUAAUAAUUGGGGGAGAGAAAAUAAAAAUUCCAAACAUACACUCAGUUUCUAAA